CUUUUAUUGUACAUGUGUACACAUGAGUUGGUCAUCGGACCAGCAAGAAAUUGAUUGUGCCGCAAAUGUAUAUUACAGUUGACCAAAAGGGUUACACGUGAAGAGACAUCCAAUGUCCCAUUAUCAAAAUGCUGUAAAAGAAAGUAAUUUCAACAUUUCACAAGGGAGACUAAUAAAGGUUCAAGCAAGAGGCGAUAUAUGAUAACAAUUUAAUGGCAAUUACGAUCAAAUCCGUUGCUAUGGAAACGCCCAUGUUGUAAAAGUCAGCCUAUGAAUACAGUAUACGACAAGGCAAUAAAGUAGAUAUAGUAACUGCAGUUGCGUUCAUUCAUUCACGGCAUACAUUUCAGGCUGGCGCUGUGUGUUAAUUUUAAUUGGGACUAUUUAAAAAAAAAUAUAAUUAUUUGCAGUACAUCUGGUAAAACUAGGCCUACACACAACUGUACUUACGUUUGUCUUCAUUUUGUAGCUGUAGUGUUGCAGGAUAAUGAUAAUGUUGCGUUUGUUGAUCAGAUGCCCUUGCAUCUCAGGAAAACGAGUCUCCCAAAAUACUACUAAUUAAACCACAGAUGAAUAUAUACGAACCGCACAAAAUGAUUGCUAUUGUGCAAUGGUUGCUGCUCACGUUACUGUUAACUGUUUCUUUUACAUAUGGUGUUCAAAACAACGAGAGAAAAGUUGCAGUUAUGAAGGGAGAAUUAAUGCUUGGCGCUCUGUUUUCACUGCACGAACGUCCACAGGCCGGAUCUAGGAUUUGCGGAAAGAUUAGAGAACAAUACGGCAUCCAGCGAGUUGAGGCUACAUUUAAAACAAUAGAAAAAAUCAACAAUAACAGCAAUAUUUUACCCGACAUAAAGUUAGGAGUAGAGAUUCGAGAUUCCUGUUGGUACGAACAGGUAGCGUUGGAACAGAGUAUAAAGUUUAUUAGUGAUUCUAUACAAAGAGACGCUGCUCCAGAUGCGAAACAGGAGAAUUUAAAUUGCAGCAGGAAAUCGACGAAACCAAUAGUGGGUGUUAUAGGCCCAGGUUCAAGUCAAGUCACAAUACAAGUUCAGAAUCUCCUUCAGUUGUUUUCUAUUCCACAAAUUGGUUAUUCCGCAAGCAGCCCUGAUCUAAGUAAUAAGAAAUUAUAUGAAUACUUCUUGCGAGUCGUACCAUCGGAUGAACUUCAAGCGCGUGUAAUGGUGGACUUCUUAAAACAGUUUGGCUGGACGUACGUUCAUGCUGUACAUUCAGACGGUAAGAUUCGAAUUUUUAUUCCCCCAAGCACACAC